AGACAAAGAAGUGAAACCAAGGAAAGGAGACAACGAGGAAAACACACACAAGAUCAAACUCAGUGAGAAUUGAUUCUCUUUCCCCUCGAUUCCUUGCCUCCAUCAAAUCCUCUUCAAUAAAGAUUCUUUCUCAUGCAUGUGCGUUUGUUUUCUAGAAGACGAUGAACUGACGUAUUCGUCCUCUGCCUCUGUUCUUCAGAUCUUUGGUUUCUGAUGUCUUCUCAUGUUCGGUCGGAAACAUGGCUUAUCUGAUGUAGCAAUCGAAAACCAACGUUCUUACGUUUCAUGAUCGGUUCAAGUGUUAUCUGCUCCUGCUUCGUCCGGGUCGUGUUGGUUUCAGACAAAAGCACCGGUCUUGAAGAUCUCUCUUCUGCUGCUGCUUCCGUUUCAUGUCUCGAAACCUAGACAGUCCUGUUCAGACACAAAUGGCAGUGGCGGUCUUCAAACCUCCCCUUUCCGGAGGGAAGCAGCAGCAUAGACAUCACCAUCACCAACAGCUGCAGAGACAAUCCUCAGGAAGAAGAGUCUUCGUCCAAACCGAAACCGGUUGCGUUCUGGGGAUGGAGCUAGACCGUAGCGACAAUGUCCACACGGUGAAGAGAAGACUCCAGAUCGCUCUCAACUUCCCCACCGAAGAAAGCUCCUUGACCUACGGCGACACCGUGCUGACCAACGAUCUCAGUUUCGUGAGGAACGACUCUCCUCUCCUCCUGAAACGCAACUUCAUGCACAGAAGCUCCUCCACUCCUUGUCUCUCCCCAACGGGGAGAGACCUGGAGCUGAGAGACAGAAGCGGUCCUAUAGAGAUACUGAACCAAUCAGAGUGUUUCUCCGUUGUGAAGCGGAUGGUGAAGGACAUCGUGAAGGCGAUGAAGCUCGGCGUUGAUCCUCUCCCUGUCCGCAGCGGUCUCGGAGGAGCGUACUACUUCAGGGACAAGAACGGUCAUAGCGUUGCCAUCGUUAAACCAACUGAUGAAGAGCCCUUUGCUCCCAACAAUCCUAAGGGAUUCGUUGGGAGAGCGCUCGGCCAGCCCGGUUUGAAAUCAUCGGUUCGUGUCGGCGAAACCGGGUUUAGAGAAGUGGCUGCUUAUCUUCUUGAUUACAACCGGUUUGCUAACGUACCUCCCACGGCUCUUGUCAAGAUAACUCACUCGGUGUUCAACGUGAACAACGACGGUGUGAAAUACAAGGCUAGAGAUAAGAAGACUGUCGUUGUUAGUAAGAUCGCUUCUUUUCAGAAGUUUGUGGAGCAUGAUUUCGACGCGAGCGAUCACGGGACUUCGAGCUUCCCUGUAUCCUCCGUGCACAGGAUUGGGAUACUAGACGUGAGGAUCUUCAACACGGACCGUCACGGUGGGAACCUUUUGGUGAAAAAGGUGGUGGAGAGGUUUGGUGAAGUCGAACUUAUUCCAAUUGAUCAUGGCCUUUGUUUGCCUGAGACGUUAGAGGAUCCUUACUUCGAGUGGAUCCAUUGGCCUCAGGCUUCGUUGCCUUUCUCUGAGGAAGAGCUUGAGUAUAUAGGGAAGCUUGAUCCGUUUAAGGACUGUGAGAUGCUUAGAAGAGAGCUGCCGAUGAUCAGAGAAGCUUGCUUGAGGGUGCUUGUUCUCUCCACUGUUUUUCUUAAGGAAGCUGCUUCUUGUGGGCUGUGUCUUGCGGAGAUCGGUGAGAUGAUGACUAGGGAGUUUCGUUCGGGGGAAGAGGAGCCGAGUGAGCUUGAGGUUGUGUGUAUUGAAGCUAAGAGAUUGAUCGGUGAGCGAAGAGAUGUUUUCUCUCCGAGGUCAGAAGGAGGAGAAGCAGAGUUUCAGUUUGAUCUAGACUGUGAUGAGGAGAUACAACUAACCGAUGAUUACUUUACUAGAAACCCUUUUUCGAAAGGACGUUCUUCACUUGGAAAGCUAGAAGAAGAAGAUGAAGAAGAAGAAGAGGAAGAGGACAAUACUGAAAAUGCUGUCUCAAUGAUCACAAUGAAAGACAGUUUUAAAGUUAUUUCAAAGCUUUCGACUUCUAUGAAGGACAUACAUCUUAGCAAUACGGGAGGAAGCUCCUUGAAACCUUUAACUAGAGGCAAAUCUGAAAACACAUCGUCGGGUCACAAAAGCGCAAACGAGCAGCUUCCAGUGAGUGCGAGUUUUGUGAAGGUAGCAGACAUGAAAGAGGAGGAGUGGGUUGUGUUCUUGGAGAGGUUCCAAGAGUUGCUUGGACCAGCUUUUGCGAAACGCAAAACGGCCACGGUGAGUAAGAGACAGAGACUUGGCACUUCUUGCCAGUUUUGAGAAACGAUAUAUAGUAAAAAAUAAAAGCUCGAGAAAGUUAUAAGAGACGAGAAACAGAAUCUACGGAGGCUUCUUGUUUGCGUCCUAUGGUAGUAGAAAAAAGAUUAGUGAAGUUUGGAAGGUUUGGCUUAUAACAAGCGACAAGGUGAAAAAGGGUUUGUUUAUUUUUUUAACCAUUUUUGUAAAUAUAUGUUUUCACCUCUCUCGUUGUGAUCUUUAUUUUUUUUAUCUUUCACCCCGUGUAUCAUCUUUUCUUGUUUUUCUUUGGUAAUGUCUUUGUAGCUUGGCCUGGUCUUAUAAAUAAAUAAUAUAAUAUUAGUUUU